GCAAGCCCUUCAGAGUCUGGAAAUACUCCACCGUAUGAGGACUGGGUUCAGAAAGACCUCGGACCACCUACAGAAACUGAUCCUAAAUGAGCCUGGAUUUGACCAAAAUGACCCGGGUCAUUGUUGAGCUGAGUCUGGUCCUGAUCCUCACGGUCCACGGUGUCCUGGGGUCAGAGAUGACCAUCAAUGCAGCUGUUGGAACUUCAGCCACGGUUCAUUGUAAAUGGGACGAGGAGCUGAUGCGAUGCAGUUGCCCCUACCCUUAUCAGGGCUGCGCAGACUGCAAAAACCUCCGACCCAUCACUACCCCACUAGAAAGAAAUACAAACACUUCAGAAUCAUAUCUGACCUUUACUGAACUCCAGCCAUCCACCUCAGGACUGUAUACCUGCUCUCCCAUAAACAAUACCAACAGAGCUACGAGGACGUACAGGAUUAAUGUAAUCAAAGAUCGAGACCCAACUGUUGUGAUUGGGACUUUGGGAAAUGCCACUAAUUUAACCUGUGGUUCUGGAGUGGACCUCGUUGCUGCUUCAGAACCAAAGUGGUGUCGCUCGGACACGUCAGCAGUUUGUGAAAACACCAUCAUGCGUUCAAAUGAAAUCAGAGGGGACUUUAAAGUCCACAGCACCGAGAACUCAUUCAUCCUGGAGAAUCGACGCCUGACACAUGAUGCCGCAGGAUUGUACAAAUGCACCCUGGACUUUCCAGAUCAGAACCAGACCCUGGACUAUGUGGUAAACUUAACGGUAAUAGACAGUCCCACACCACUGAAGAUCCAUGAGGUUCAGGCCAGGCCCAAAGGAGGCCAGCCAUUUGAGAUCACAUGUCCAUAUCCCCAGAAGUGGAAGUUCGACUUCUCAAAGUCCUGGAGAUGUGACAAUGCAGAUUGUCCCAAAACAGUCAAGAUCUUUGAGAAGCUCAGAAUACUCAACGUCUAUCGACACUCGGUGAUGAUUGCUCAUCCCACUGUGGUGGAUUUCUCCUAUGACAGGGUCCAGGAGAAGGAGGUCUAUCCUACACUGUCCUCCACAUGA